UGCUGUAAAGGCUACCGGAUUUGUCAACAACAAACCUGUUAUGCAGUUCCAAAUGAAUUUCCUAGUAGUCAACUUUCGUUUCAAGAGGAGGAAAGAAUGGGGAUAUGUUGGCUGUAUCGGGUCAUAAUCUAAACGCACGCUGAUCACCAUGGCCUCAAACGACGAAGCUGCCACGCUGGUGAUGACAGUGCUGUCCAGGUGUAACUGUCGGACAUCCUUGCAGCAGCUGAUCAGGCACCUUACACAAGAUGGGUUCAAAAUAAAAAACGAAAAAGGCCUUAUGAAAUUUCUUGAAAAAUAUCCAAAUGUAUUUCAGAUUGUCCGAACACCAAACCCUGCUGCCAGCAUUGUGUUUCUCUAUGCACCAGUUCCCAUCUGUGAGGACCAUUCCACAAAGAAGGGGAACUGUACCCAUUAUUUCUGUGGCAAUCUUCACAUAUGUAAAUUCUUUCUUUUGUCUGAUUCAUGCAAGUUUGAGUCGAAAUGUGCUUAUGGCCACGACCUUCAAACACGGCACAACCUCCAAGUUCUACAGCCCUUUCUUAUGGACAGGCUAAGUACUCGGGACAUCAAAAUAAUAUUGAGGUGCAUAGAAAACCGCACCUUCCUUACUAAACCAGAACUGUGUAGGUUCUACAACACGAUACAAGGAUGCAAUAAAGCAACUUGUCCAUUCCUACAUCUCUGCGGUCAUUACAUGUCCGAUGCAUGCAAGUUUGGCAACGCGUGUAAGAGGAGCCACAACAUCAACGAUCCACAUGUCACAAGCAUCUUGGACAAAUACGGCAUUAUCACUCAACGACCUGAACACAUUAUUCUUCAGGACCUCAGAAGCUUAUUUGCCACGUUCAGUGAGGGACCUCUAGCCAGGCACAGCUCAGUAACAUCUUUGCCGGAGUCCACUCAGCCACCCACAAAAGGACCGAGAUCCAGAUCAGUUGGUCCUAAACAAAGAAACCGCAGAGUAAGCUCCCCUUCACCAGCCCGUUCAGAUUCCUAUGACAUUCAAGACCAGUAUGGUAACCAUGGUUAUGGCAACUCUCCUCCCAAUAUGCAUCCUCCACAGGGCCUAUAUGGAUAUGGAACUCAAGGUGGAAAUCCACCAUUCCCUGAUGACCAAUACAGUCGUCCUCCAAGAAACCCAGGAUAUCCUCCUUCACAUUGCUAUGAACCCCAUGGUCAAUACACUAGCCACCUGCCACCCAAUGUCCUCCCAAAUCCUUUUGGACGCCCUACUUUGAAACAAGGGCAACCCAUUUCUUAUCACCAAGAACCCCAAGGACCACGGAUGCAAGGGCAUGAAUCCCAUGGUGGACGACCAAGAGCAGGGAUGCAAGAGCCUCUGCAUCCGAACCCAGGACAGAGAAAUGAAGGAGCUCGACCAAAGUCCUAUCAGAAGACCAGAUCCAGCUCCAGGGGAAGACCUUCCUACGGGAAACAGGUGUCAGAGGCUUCUGACAAGGACACUCUGGAUAUUUGUACUUAUUUCUUGAAAGGGAAGUGUUGGUAUGGCCAGACCUGUAUGAGACACCACAAAGAGAUGAUCUAUCAGUGGCAGUGUCGGGAGAAACAGGGACCUGCUGACUGUCCACAGGACUGGAAGGAUUUUGAUGAGGAAUCUAACACCAACAUAGAAAUGAACUUUUGUCAACCUGAUAAAAACGAAUGUUUUGGGAAAUUGGAUGAUGUCAUCAACAUCAGCUUCAUUGACGACCCGAUGACAGGCACCAGAAAGGACUCCCAAGUGGACAUUCGCAGACUCUCCACCUUAUCAUCAGAAGAUGAGAGUGCAACAUCUGUGGUCCACCAGUGGAUAACGGAAUGGAAGUGGUACUGGGAAACUCAAUAUGGUGACUGGACAGAGUAUGGAGUAAAGGAUUUUCGUGGUUUCACGUCAAGUAUGGACAGUGAGGCCAUAGAGAAGGCGUAUUUAGCUGAUCCCAAGGGAUCAAUUGAGUUCAAGACAGAUGAGUUCUGCUACAAGCUCAACUUCUCUGUGAUGAUCCAGGAAAACACAAAGCUCACUACAACAAGGCGGGUCAGAAGGCGGCCAUACUUCUACAAGAAAGCUGACUUGAAAAAAAGGAACAUGACUCCUUCCUCUGACAAUGUCGUUGUGCCGGAUGAAUGGAGCAGCACGAAGUUCAAGUCACCCAAAGAACUUUAUGCUCAUUUCAGCAGCCCGAAGGUUGGAAAAUCCACAGAAGAAUACAAGAAAGUAGAAGAUCUUUUCUUCAAAACUCUCCCGAGAACCAAAGUGAUUAAGUCAAUAAGUCGCAUAGAAAAUGGAGCAUUGUGGGUGAAUUACAGUGUGAAAAUGGCGCAGAUGAACACCAAGGCUGGAAAACCUGUGAAGGAACUGAGUCUGUUUCACGGAACUUUGCUGCAACUCGUCGAUCCCAUCUGCCAUCAGGGCUUUGAUUUCCGAUUUAGCGGAGCAAGAGUUGGCACAAAGCAUGGACGUGGAAGCUAUUUUGCAAGAGAUGCAAAAUACUCUCAUGCUUACUCCAAACUAACAGAUUCACCAAACCCAGCAGAAUUAGAGAAGAAAAUGUUUGUCGCAAAAGUUCUUGUUGGAGAAAGCACAACAGGAAAUCCUACAUAUGUGCGCCCUCCCGCCAAAAGUUCACAGAACGGGUAUGAGCUGUACGACUCGUGCGUGGAUAACACCUCAGAUCCCUCCAUCUAUGUCAUCUUCACCCUGGAGCAGUCAUACCCGGAAUAUCUCAUAUCCUAUGUUUGAGGAGGAUUGAUUCCCUAUCUUUAGGAACUUGUUGAAGUGUUGAAAUUUUACCAGUGGGCUCAAUCAUUUGUUGUUUCACAUGUAGUCACCUUUUUGAAAUAAUGGUCAAAAUUUUCAGUGACUUCAUGCGAAAGGUAGCCACAGGCAGGAUGUCAUUCACAGUUGUCAUGACACUUCAUGGCUGAAAACAUCCAUGUCAUACAUAUAGAAUACUAAACGAGCUCCCGUGUAAUACCAAUUUUAUGAAACGAAUGAAUAGUUCUGGUAUCUGACGAGCGAAAGCGAGUCAGAUACCACAACUAU